CGGGAGCUAGCUCUGUCGCAAGCUCGUAAAUCUCAGUCCCUAAAUUCUUAAAUCCGCCGAACCUAGGGAUUUACACCGUAAAUUAAAUUCUUAAAUCUGGAAUUUAUGGAGGACUGGGAUGUACGGAUGGCUCAAAAAACAUUUCGCAGGAUUUACCGGAAAUCCGGCCUAAAUCGGGGAAAAUUUAGAUACCAAACCACCCCUUAACAAUUUGAUUAAGAAAUUCCUAGUCAAAUUUCCUUCGGAUCCCCCGGAGUUCACAAAAGAAAACUCUCAUUUUUAGUCAAUCGACUCCAUCCUCCCGCCUAGAUUCCUACUCUCAAAUGGCAGCAAUCCGAUCCCAAACUCGCCUCCUGCACCCCCUCCCUCCCCUCUCCCUUUCCCACUCCUUCUCAUCAUCGCCGGAAAUCCCCAGCGUCUCCGGCGACACCAACGAUAGUAUCGUGAGCACCGCUGUCUCCAUCCUCCGCUCCCAACGCUGUCGGUCCCGCUGGAACUUCCUCAAAUCCAUUCUCCCUUCCUCCGGCAUCGCCCCCUCCGAAUCCUCGGCCAUCAUCCUCCACCUCCGCAAUAAUCCCCGCCUCGCCCUCCGCUUCUUCCUCUGGUCCCGUGACCACUCCCUCUGCAAUCACAAUCUCACCUCUUAUUUCACCAUCAUCCACAUCCUUGCUCGCUCCCGGCUCCGAUCCGCCGCCCUAUCUCUCCUCCGGGCCGCCAUCCGUUCUCACCCCAACACCCCCCCUUCCUCCCUCCUCCAAACCCUAGCCCUCACCUACCGAUCCUGCGACUCAGCCCCCUUUGUCUUCGACCUCCUCAUCCAAGCCUACCUCCACUCCCACAAUAUCGACCCCGCCCUCUCCGUCCUCCGCUCCCUCCGAUCCCGCGGCAUCCGCCCUCUCACCUCCACCGCCAACUCCCUCCUCCGCGCCACCGCGAACCUUCGCGGAUCAGCGGCCGCCCUUAAUCUCUACCGCGACUUUGUUGAAUCAUUUCACCCUAAUCCACAAACAUUCAACACACUUCUCCUCGCGCUUUACCGCGACGGGAGAGCAGAAUCAAACGGGGAGAUUCUAGCGGAGAUGGACCGAUUCGGGUGCGAUCCGAACGCGUUCACCUACAGUAUUCAAAUGGCCGGGUGCUCCGACGUUACGGAAGCGCGGAGGCUAUGGGAAGAAAUGGCAGAGAAAGGGAUCAAACCUGACACUACCGCGUACAAUACUCUGAUAAAAUGUUACUGCGAUGCCGGGAAAGUAGAGAAGGGAGAGGAGCUUUACCGUGAGAUGGUGAUGGACGGAUUGAAGACGACGGGGACGACGUUGGAACUUCUGAUCAAAGGGCAUUGUCGAGCUGGCAAUGUCGAAGCAGCGAUGCUGGUUUAUGAGGAUAUGAGGAGGAAUGGAUUUGGACCGGAGGCCGAGACUGUGGAUGAGAUGCUUGUUGAAAUGUGUGAGAAGGGGAUGGUUGAGGAAGGGUUAGGAGUGUUGAGGGGUGAGAUGGGGAGGGAGGUGGUGGUGUUGGGGAGUAGGAGGCGGAGUUAUGAGGUGGUGAUAAUGGGUUUGUGUGGAGCUGGGAGGAUGGAGGAGGCGUCGAAGUUGCAGGCGGAGAUGGCGGGGAGAGGAUUGGAGCCUGAUGCGAGGGUUUAUGAAGCGUUUAUCUGUGGGUAUGAGAAGGCGGGAGAGUUUGAGAUGGCGGAUAAGUUGAGGAAGGAAAUGGUUCAAAUGCAACUUGGGGAAGAUGGCAAUUGAUUACUAUGAGUGAAAUGAUCUCAUAAAUGAUCGAAAUGAUCCUCGGCUUGGAGAUCAUAGAUUUGAGCCAUAGUGAUUUAUCAUACAUUCUUGCCAAAAAUAAAACAUCAUUAAUUAUAAGUCAUUAAUUUUAUGAUCUGACAUUCAUUCAACGAUUUUUCAUGAACAACCUUUGAUCAA